AUGAUUUCGUUGUUACCCACUUUCGUUUCUUUUUACUUUCUAAUUUCAUUAGUUAACUAUGCAACAGCACAAGCUCCAACAUGUCCGAAUGGUCAGUUGCCUGAAUUAGACUCCUCGUUGAGACCGAAACAAUGCUUGCCAGGAACAUCGGAGAACUUGAUGUGUGGCGCCAACCAUAACUGUUUCUUCACUGGACUCAACUAUAUGUGCUGCCCUUCCAACGAACCGUCAAUUGAUAACCAACCAAGCUGUCCAUAUCCAAAACUAACCGUUUUGGAUCCUCAUGGGCUACCAUUGAAAUGUAGUCAAAUUGCAAGAAGCUGCCCAGGGGAAAAUAUGUACUGCGCUGAUGUCGGACUUGGAUACAUUUGUUGUGAAGAUCCAUCAUUCCAACGUAAACAUCCAGAAGUUCCACCACCACCAACUCAACAACCGAAGAAGAAGUAUCGCGUGAAGACCACAACACCACUUCCAGAAGAAACAUUGGAAUGUCCAGCAGAUUCUAUUGGUCUCUUGAAUAGUAAUGGAACACGAGUAAUUUGCAAUUCCAGAAAUCCAUGCCCGGGAACUGAAACGUUCUGCUUUGGAGAGUACAAACGUUCAAUUUGCUGCCAAAAAUAUCUCUAUGCAUCUGAUAUUCUUGAUGAACCAACCACAGAGAAGCCUAGAAGAGGACUCCAAAGCAUAAAUAUGGCUAUGCGACAUCCAUUGCCAGGAAAAAUGCACGAUGGACAAUAUCUGAAGCCAACAACCUCAACUACUACUACUACCCCAGCUCCUACAACAACUACAACCCAACCAGCACCAAUUGUUGAUCAUGAAUUCCCACAAAUUGCUAUUAACAGCGUAGGAGUCAGAAGAAAAGGACCAGCUACCGUCAAUCAAUUAAAAUCUGCUGAAGUCGGGGGAAACGCUAUGGUCACUCGUACUUGGAUUCCAAGACAAUCAUUCACUUUCCCAACUCCACCAACAACUACUACUGUCAUGCCAACCACUAGAACAGUCCCAUUAGCAGUGGCACGUAGAAGUCGUCUGAAUGGUGUUCCUAACUUUGCCGGAAGCGCCGAUUUCAAACCGGCUACUUUGAAUCUUGAGAGAAAUCAACAGAAUGAUCCGAAUCGCCAAGCAUUGGCCCAAAAGUUGCUAUCUUAUCAAAUCAGAAACGGAUGGCCAUACGACGAGCGAUUCUACAGACCAGAUGUCGAUGUGUACACUGAAGAACAAAAAUCAGAAAUUGCUCGCAUGCGUUUCCUUCCUCAAUGA